UUAAUAAGAAUGGAAGCUGAGAACUCCUCCGUGACAGAGUUUAUCCUCGCAGGCUUAACCAACCAGUCGGGACUCCAGCUCCCUCUCUUCUUCCUGUUUUUAGGUUUCUAUGUGGUCACGGUGGUGGGGAACCUGGGCCUGAUAACACUAAUUGGGCUGAAUUCUCACCUACACACCCCCAUGUACUUUUUCCUCUUUAACUUGUCCUUCAUAGAUUGCUGCUAUUCCACUGUUAUCACACCCAAGAUGCUGAUGAGUUUUGUCUUGAGGAAGAACAUCAUCUCCUACGCAGGGUGUAUGACUCAGCUCUUCUUCUUUCUUUUCUUUGUUGUCUCUGAGUCCUUCAUCCUGUCAGCAAUGGCAUAUGACCGCUACGCCGCCAUCUGUAACCCACUGGUGUACACGGCCACCAUGUCUCCUCAGGUCUGCUUACUCCUUCUGCUGGGUGUCUAUGGGAUGGGAUUUGCUGGGGCCAUGGCCCACACAGCAUGCAUGGUGAGACUGACCUUCUGCGGCAAAAAUCUGCUUAACCACUACAUGUGUGACAUCCUUCCCCUUCUUGAGCGCUCUUGCACCAGUACCUAUGUAAAUGAGCUGGUCGUUUUUGUUGUUGUGGGCAUUGAUAUUGGUGUGCCCACAGUUACCAUCUUCAUUUCUUAUGCCCUCAUCCUCUCCAGCAUCCUCCGUAUUCAUUCUACCAAAGGCAGGUCCAAAGCCUUUAGCACCUGCAGCUCCCACAUAAUUGCAGUGUCUCUCUUCUUUGGCUCAGGGGCAUUUAUGUAUCUCAAACCAUCCUCUCUUUUACCUAUGAAUCAGGGGAAAGUGUCCUCAUUGUUCUACACCAUCGUUGUGCCCAUGCUCAACCCGCUAAUCUAUAGCUUGAGGAAUAAGGAUGUCAAAGUUGCUCUGAAGAAAACAUUAAGGAAAAAACCAUUCUCUUGA